CUGGUGCCCGGCUCCGUGUGUCCACAGCUCCAGUAUCGUGUCGCUUCUGCUGUGGAUGGCAGCACGCGACCGCAACAAAAUGUGAACAAUUGCAAAUCUCUGUGUGAAUGUUAUCGAUGCGAGAUCAUCGGCGCAGCCAAGGUUAACCACGUGCGAAAUUUACCAUGCUACUCAGACCGCCGCGAGCAGUUGGGCUGUGGACAAUAAUUGUGGGUGUCAGUUUGCUGAACAUAGCCAACUCUUUGCGACUCCAAUUCGCUUUGCCAGGGUUCCAAGCGGAUUUUUCCACCAGUUUUGGGCUCGGGCGCUCUACUUUCGGUAGUAACAGCAACAGCGCCGUCGCUGGCGGCAGCAGAGGCAUCAGCAGCAGAAGUAGCAACAGCUACCAUGACGAGAACUUCGGCCCUGCCGGUGAGACGCCACCGAGCGGCCCAGCUGCUUCAGGCUUGUUCGGGUCGGGAUUCCUGGACCUGCCCAGCGCACCAUGGGGAUGGUCCGGCCCUUCAGCUCCGUCGUCUUCAUUGUCGGGAGGCGCGACACUGCGCUCGGCGGACAGCGAUGCGGGCGCGUUCGCCUCCUGGUCGCGGGCCGACAUUCCCUUCGCCGGCAGCGCGGGCUUGGUGGGCCAAAACGACGGCAUCGUGUUCACCUUGUUCACCAGAAAGAGUUCUGGCCCAGAGCAAAUCCUCCUCCGAGACGCUUCGAGCAGCCUCCAACAAUCCACAUACGACCCGAAAAAGAAAACUAAGAUAAUUACGCACGGCUACUCUUCAAACGCGAGACCCAAAUCAGGUUCCGACCUCGUCAAGAAUGCAUACCUGCAGGCCGCCGACGUGAACGUGAUCCUGGUGGACUGGUCCGCCGUGGACUCGCACAUCUACCCGCUGACGGUGGCGCGCUCGGUGCCCAUGGCGGGCGCGGAGAUCGCAGAGCUCAUCAAGGCCCUGGUGCAGCAGCGGGGUGCGCGCGAGGACGACAUGCACAUCAUCGGCCACAGCCUGGGGGCGCAGAUUGCUGGCGUGGCGGGGAGCAUCGCGCUGGGCCCGGCGGGCAAGGGCUGGAUCACAGGGCUGGACCCGGCCGGUCCCCUGUUCGAGGGGAAGGACCCGAGCCAGCGCCUCGACGAGACCGACGCGGGCUUCGUGGAGGCCAUCCACACGGACGGCGGCUACCUGGGUGUCGUCCAGCCCGUGGGCCACGUCGACUACUACGUGGACGGCGGCAUGCACAGGCACCCGGACUGCGGCCGCGACGUCCUAGGCUUGUGCUCACACUGCUUCGCGUUCGAGCUCCUCGCACACGCUAUCGCCAACAACAACUCCAUCGUGGGCGUCAAGUGCGAUGGUCUGCCGCAGAGUGACUGUGGGGGCAACGAGAGGAUCGCCCUGGGGAUCAGUCCCAACACCAAUCAUAUAUUUUCUCCAUGCAGGAGCCGGGGUUCCUUUCUUGUCGAGUCUGGCCUAAAACCAAGCAGUACCCUUCAGAAUAUCGGCAGAGGCCGAAGCUCAAGCAUAUUUUCCUCCAUCCUCGAUCGAUUGAUACAACCCCAAAGCGGAGCACCAGGCGGAGUCCAAUGUUAAUCCAUUCAAUGGAACCUGGAAGAUCCCUAUUGGAAUUAAUGGUCUCAUCGAAGGCCGAAAAUAGUCGCCGAAUGAACAACAUUUAUGACUCUUAUUAAAUUAAUGCAACAUGUCAAUUGGGAGGCUCGCGAGGACGUAACUUACGUGGAAUUCUGCAAAAUAAAAAAGUAUUUAGUGAUUCAAAA